CAGGUUACAUAAAACGAUGCCUUCUCCAAUCCCCGUGACCCGCCUACAGCCCAAAGAUAUAUACCCCUCCCUGGACAUCGGGACUUGCAGCAGCCCGCUGACCAAAUCCUGCUUCGGCAGCACCUUACAGGUCCCCGUUCAGCGGUUCCACGGCAGAGUUGCCAGCCGACUGUGGUCCACUGUGAUCCACUGGAAGGAACUGCGCUCCGUGCAGCCUGUAGGCUCCGGAGGGUUCGGCUCCGUCUACAAGGCAGAAUACCUCGGGAAGCUUGUCGCGCUGAAGAAAGUUAAGAAGUGCACCAAGAACAAGCUGGCGUCACGGCAGAGCUUCUGGGCCGAGCUGAACUCAGCACACCUGCGCCACAGAAACAUCGUGCGCGUCUUCGCGGCGACCACCUGCGUCCCGCCAGAUUUUGGAGAUGAAAGCAGCAUCGGAACGAUCCUCAUGGAAUUUGUGGGGGACCGAAACUUGCAGCAGAUCAUUUACGGAUGUGUAGAGCCGCUAGAGACAGACAGGUGGCUCAAGUACUCCGCAGACAUUGUACACGGCUUGCGGUUCCUUCACUCCCACAGCGUUGUGCAUCUGGACAUAAAGCCAGCCAAUGUGUUGGUGUCCAGUGAAGACAUCUGCAAAAUUGCAGAUUUCGGCUGUUCUCUGAAACUGGAACAUGGAUGUGAAGUUAGCGUUAUCAGCCCGCAUCUGAGCCACGUAGGCGGCACGUAUACACACAGAGCCCCGGAGCUGCUGAGAGGCGAGGGGCUGUCUGCUAAAGCGGAUAUCUUUUCUUUCGGGAUCACAUUGUGGCAACUGAUCACCAGAGAGCAGCCCUACACCGGCGACAGGCAGUACGUGCUCUACGCGGUUGUUGCGCACAACCUGCGGCCGUCUGUUGAGAACCAUCCGGUGUUUCGGUCGGAGCAUGGGCGGCUGUGUAGGAGCCUGCUGAGCCGGUGCUGGAGCAGAGAGGGCCGCCGCAGACCUACUUCCCAGGAGCUACUGCCUCACCUGGAGCAGCUGCGCUCCCACAUAUGAGUUUGUUUUAUAGCUGGUGCACAUGUGUACUGACAGCUGUGGACAAUGACAUGUUUUAGGUACAUUUUAGAAGCUACUUUCAGGACCAAACAGUAGACUAUCAGUGUCUUAUGCUCACAAUAAUAUCAAAUCCGAUUUAAAAUAGCAAACAAUUCAGUGCUGAAAAACAUGGUGAUCUUAAGUGACCUUAAGGAAAUGUAAUCUUUACCAUGACAAAUCACUUGUAGUAAAAACUGCUCUGAAGCUGACUUAUGCUCACUCCAUCUGGAUUGAUGCAUUUUUGGUUGCAUAACAAUUGAAUUACUUGUAUAAAGCCUCUGUAAUAAUGUGCCUAAUUGAAGAGGCUCCUAAUGAUUAAGCAUAGACACUGUUGUUUUCCUAGCAGUAUGAGGCUUAAUUGUGCUGUGUGCUGAGUAAGGCAUCUUGAAAAUAAUUGAGUGGAAUUUGGUGAAAAGUUCCUUAAAAACUCUCUACGCUGCUCCAGGUAAAAAUAUUCAUUUCUCAUCAUUUUUAGUCCAAAAGGAUUACAUGAAAAUAAGUGAGACAGUAAACCAUGGUGCAUUUGCACAUUUUUUUUUUCAAUCUAGAUUUGCCAUUAGUGUCUUUAAAAAAGGCACUCCUUUGGUAUCAAGAAAACCAACUUUGACUCAAGGAGGUAUGCAUCUAUCCAAGUUGGUUUGGACCUUUUUUAGAAGCACAUUUGAGAGUCACUGUUGGUUAAGGUGUACACUUUGCCAGCACAUUAUAUUACCAGUCCCUAAAAUGGUUUAAAAUGUAUUUAGCCUUCACCGUAAACACAUCCUUUGUCUUUUCAUUUGACAGCUCAAACCGUCCACACUAAGUUGCUGUGAGAGCUCUGACUUUGUUUUAGCAAAUUUUUCUUAAACUAUGGAAUCAACGUGUUGUGAAUCGAAUUUGAUUUGCCAUGAUGAGAUUGUAAUGUGAGAUUUAAGUGUGAUAGGUUUUCAUUAAAA